UGGAGGGAGGAGGUAGCCGUUGGCGGGGCUCUGAGGAGAGGGCAGAAGGGGGUUGGUGGCAGCAGGAGCUAUGGCUUCGCUUGUGAAGAAAAUAAUCAGCACUGCUAAGGCCCCCGCUGCGCUGGGUCCCUACAGCCAAGCAGUGCUAGUAGACCGGACGAUGUACAUCGCAGGACAGAUAGGUAUAGAGCCUUCCACUGGGCAGCUCGUCUCUGGAGGGGCAAAGGAAGAAGCUAAGCAGGCUCUAAAAAACAUGGGAGAAAUCCUGAAAGCUGCAGGCUGUGACUAUGGCAAUGUUGUGAAGACUACAGUUUUGAUGGCAGACAUGAAGGACUUCAAUGAUAUUAAUGAUAUUUACAAACAAUUUUUCAAGACAAAUUUCCCAGCCAGAGCAGCCUAUCAGGUUGCUGCUUUGCCAAAAGGUGCCCGAGUUGAGAUUGAAGCUAUUGCCAUUCAGGGACCCCUCCAAGAUGCUUCAGCCUGACUAUAAAUAGAGACUGAGUAUCUUCCGACAGCAGUUUUAGAUUUAACUCUUCUCCCUUACGUUGUAUUCCUACAAUCGACUAUCAGCAUUUACAUACAGUUGAAAUCACUAAACUUACUGAGGAAAGGUGCUUUCUUCUGGAUGGUGGCCUUGGAUUCUCUAAAAUACAAGCUCACAGUGAGUUCUAAACCCUGAAACCCCCAGGAGUCCUGCUAAAAUCAGCUGAGCUCGAUUGCAGGACAGAGCCCUUACUUUGUGGUGAUGACUGGAUAUUCAGAUAUUAAGUACAGGUUUGGGUGAACAUGACAGUUAUACUAUGGGUAAUAUGGACAGGGAAAACUGUAAUGAUUUGUAAUAGUAGGUUUUAAGUAACAAUUUUAAAUAAGAAAAAAUGACAGAUGGGGAAAACGGUAGAACAUUUAGUGUACGUUUUCACUUACGUGUUUUGGGGAAUUUUGCUGUAUUUGACUCUGAACUGUCUUAAACUUUCUUUACAGAAUAGAUUACUGUUGGGACUCUUUUUUUCAUAUGGAAGCAAUUGCUUAAGAAAGUUAAUAUUAAUUUCAGAAAGAAGAAAAUUAUGCUUUUCUGAAAUAAAGUGCUAACUUUAUAAAUCA